AAUUUAUGUUUCCAAACACUCCAAAUGUUUUUAAUAGUCCUAUUCAAGUCUCCAAACACCCCAAUUUUGUACUUGAGUUUUAAUAAGAUAGAUAGAUGGAUAAUUAUGAUACAAUAGUAACAAAAAUAGGCCAGGAUAGUUAAUAAAAAUCAUUUAAGCCUAAUUUGAUAGGCAAACAGUUUUUUUUCCGGUGAAAGGAUUAGUUCCUUAGGAAUAGGUAUGUGGAAUAUUUGUUUUAAAUGUAAUUGGAAUUUUGGAUUAAAUCGACACAUUUCCAAUUUUUAUAGUAUAUAGAAAAAAAGAAUAUUCCAUGAAUUAGGCAAGUGCAGAUUUUUUUUUUUUAAGAUUGAUAUCGUAUUAGUUAAUGUGAUUGCUUAAAUAUAGGAGUUGCUAUUGAAUAUCAUUGAUUUUAGUAUUAUUCUUGCAUUAACGUUAUAUAUAUACCGGAAAUAUUUUAAAGCUUAGGAUACAUGCAUUGCGAUUAUUCUCGGUUUCGUUUGGUAGUAUUUUAUAGAAUACUGAGAUCAAAUUCCAUCACAGAAACAAACUUUAGACAUAAACUUUUACAAUUGAUUGAUUUAUUGGUGGUUAUUUAAACAGUAUUUAGAUGAAUCACAUUACUAACAUGAAAAUCCUUAGAAUCAAAGUAAUCAUACAUUGCACUAUCGUUUAAAAAUGUGGAUAAUAUUAUGCUUAUUUAUUUUGGUUGACAGGUUGGUUAUAUGUUAUAAUUAAAGAUUUAAUAAAAGUUAUAGGUCCAACUUAAACAAAGAUCAAGUUUGGUAAAAAGAGGUUUAAUUUUAUUAAGGUAAACGAAUUUGGAUAAAUUAGGAAAGUAGUUAAAUGUCAAAAAGGGUCAGUGGCAUUAUCUUGUAAUUAUUGAGGAAAACUCAGGGUUAAGUACUAUUUGUACUCCUGUUUUAAUAGUUUAGAUAUUUAGUGUAUUUGAGAUAUGUUUCAUGCUUUUAGAUAUAGUUUUACUAAAUAUUUUGAAGUGGUAAGAAAAAUAGAAAUAAACUUUAUUUUGAAUAUAAAACUAACAAUACAGUGGUUUGUUUGAUACUUAUAUAAACAGUAUAUACAUUAUCAAUUUAUUAUUCUAAUGGGACUAUAUAAUAAAAGAGAGUAUUCUAAAAAUAUUAUUUAGUAUUAGCAGAAAAUUAGAAAAUUAGCGUUUUUAGGAAAAGAAGAUGAUCCUCCUAAAGAAAUUGCUUCAUUCAGUAUAAAUACUAUCUAUUAUAAAUCCACAAGAAUUAUUGAUGUUUUAAAUAUUGUUUUAUAAUAUAAAUACUAUUAUAAUUUAAAAAUAAUUUAUAUACUUCAGGUUAAAAUUAGGACAAUUCUCUCAAAUAGUCAUUUUUAAGUUUUUGUCACCAAAAUAAAUUUUUUUUUUAAAUAACUAAAAUAGCUCUUUUAUUUUGAGAAUUUUAUUUUUAUUUUUUAUUUUUAUUUUUUAUUUUUUAAAUUUUGAAACUCCAUCCUCAAAAUCCCACCCUUAACUCUGAACUAUAAAUCUAGAUUAGUUAACCAUAUGAUAUAAAUAUAUAUAUUUACUCUUUGAUAAAAUAUUUUUUGGUCAUUUUCUUUUUGAGGUCUAUUUUGUGAAGAUAAACUAAAAACUGUUAUCCUAGAAAAUUUCUCUUAAAAUUAAGUUGAAUUUCAGAACUAUUUUAUUUAUUAGUAGUUUUUCAAAAUGUCUAUUUGCUAUCAAAAUCAUUGGUAUACAUAAAACUGUUCACAAGUGGCCAAAAAGUCGGUACUAUUAUUAGUCUUGUUAUUAUUAAUUAUUUUAGUGAUUACUUUCUAUCACGAUACUAGUAUACUUUUAUUUUAUUUAUUUAGAUUAUUUAUGAUUAAGAACAUUUUUCACUUCGCUCAUGCGUAAAAGUUAAGUUGUUGGACAGAAAUAAUUCUUGCACCAUUUAAGUAACUUGUGUUCGAGACUAAAGUGUAAAUUUCUUGAUUUUAUUAUCAACAAGGAAAGAAUAUUUUAUUCUGACACAAAAAACAAUGAUUAAAGUUAGCGUGGAAUAUAAGAAAGGAAUGCAAAAAGGGUGAAAAUAUUCACGUGGUAUUGAAUAGCUUCAUUUAAAAAUCUCCAGUCAAAUAUUUAAAUAUUUACUAACAAUUAUUCUAAUCCUCUAGUAUAAAUUAUGUACCCUGAGUGAAAAACAUGGAACUUAAAUUUGAUACUUAACUAGCUCAAGUAUUUUCAGACAACAACAAAAAAAAAGAGUAAGAACAGUAUGCGAGUGAUACCACCAGCAGUCAAAGAGAUCUUAGACAAAUGGAACAUCAGGGGACUUGUAAUAUUGUCUCUGGUCUUCCAAACGUCUCUUAUCUUCCUUGCACCGCUACGAAAACGUACAUCGAAGAAGCUGCUCGCUAUGAUUCUAUGGACAGCGUAUCUUUUAGCGGAUUGGACAGCUAAUUAUGCGGUGGCUCAGAUCACGAAGAACCAAGGAAAGGAACCAAAACCCGAUGAUCCUCCGAAGAACAAGAAGCUUCUUGCUCUGUGGGCACCGUUCUUGUUGUUGCAUCUUGGUGGUCCGGACACGAUAACUGCGUUGGCCCUAGAGGAUAAUGCCUUAUGGGCACGUCAUUUGUUUGGCCUCGUAUCUCAAGCACUUGCUGGUGUUUAUGCGGUGGUGCAAUCAAUGGAUAACCCUUUAUGGCCACCAAUAGCGUUACUAUUCAUCACCGCAGUGAUAAAAUACACGGAGAGGACACGUGCAUUAUACACAGCGAGUUUAGACAAGUUCAAAGACCAAAUGCGUAAACCAGCAGACACUGGUCCUAACUACGCUAAGCUCAUGGAAGAAUACGAUUCAAGAAAAGACUCCAACCUCCCAACGGACAUCGUCCUCAUCGACGAACCAGACAAGCACGAUAGACCCCCGACACUUAAACCGGGACCAGAUCCCUUAACCCAUCUCGAAAUCGUGCAGUACGGUUUCAGAUUCUUCAACACUUUUAAAGGACUCGUUGUUGACCUAAUUUUCAGCUUCCGUGAGCGAGACGAAAGCAGAGACUUCUUCAAAGAGUUGGCUCCCGAGGACGCUCUUAGGAUAAUUGAAUCCGAGCUAGGGUUUCUAUACGAGUCCAUGUAUACCAAAACCGCGAUUCUUCAUACGCAUAAGGGUACGGUGUUUCGCGUUAUCGCGUUUGGAUCGCUUCUUGCUUCCUUCCUUGUCUUCCAUUUUAGACCUGAAAAAUCAGUGGAUUUCCACGGAGCGGACGUUGUGAUUACUUACACUUUGUUCAUCGUCGGUAUCGCUCUUGAACUCUCCUCGCUUGCCAUGUUCUUGCUCUCUGAUUGGAUGUUCGCGGUAUCGAGCAAGCUUAAUGAUGAUCAAGUGAAAGACAAGAGUUGUAUCGACUCUUUUCUCAACUGUUUACUCGCGUUUAGGAAGCCGCAGUGGACGCCGAUGGAUGCAUGCAAGACGAUGCAUGCAUGCAAAGGAAACCGUACGCGCGAAGUGCUUACGACGCCGUUUUUGUUGCGGAGAUGGUCAGGUGUGAUCUACGGUUUCAACUUCAUCGGAUAUUGUCUGAAAGCUAAAGUCUCAAGAAUCAACCGGAGGAGCGAGUUUGUGUGGGAGUUUGUGGUGUCCAUGUUCGAUUACGUAAUCAGAAGAUUCCAGACCUUGUCUGGAUGGAUCAAGGAUCUUGAGAGUUCAGUCAGAACCUUCAUCAGGAGAUGGUCAAAGAAGAACCAUAUGAUUUAUUGCACUGUUUAUCCGUUGUACCUCGUGUUCUUCUCGGUGAUUCCUUGGGCGUUCAGUAAGCUUUGGGGUUACGUUGAUCGAAUCUUCAGUGUUAAAUCUCAUAUAGACCAGAUCAGAUUCGUAUCGAGCGAGCCAUUGACGAGGAAUCAAUGGGAGUUUAUAUUCAGUGAGCUGAAACAAAAGUCCGAGUUCGCGGAAACACCUGAACGUGCAAAGAAAGUGUCUUCGGCGAGAGGGGAAUGGGCUUUACAUGAUAGCAAGUUGAAGGAGGUUGAGAGGUUGAUGCGUUAUGUAGCGAAUGUUGAUUACGAUCAAAGUCUUCUCCUUUGGCAUAUUGCUACUGAGCUAUGUUUUCAAGACGAAAAAGAUGAGGAGGUGGAGAAUAGGAGUGGAGAGAGUUGCGAUGACCGCGAGUUCAGCAAGAUUAUUUCGGAUUACAUGAUGUAUCUGUUGAUAAUGCAACCUAAGUUAAUGUCGGAAGUUGCUGGAAUCGGAACUAUAAGAUUUAGAGACACUUUAGAUGAAGCUAAGAGGUUUUUCAAAGGAAGACAUUUCAAGAACCUGAGAGAUAUGAAACGAGGGAGCAAGAUGAUUUUAGAGGUUAGUAACGAUAUUGAGCCGAUGCAUGUGAAGGGAGACCGAAGUAAAUCGGUUCUUUUCGAUGCGAGUAUGUUGGCAAAAGAGCUUAAGAGACUGGACGAGAGUAGUAGUAGUAGUAGUGCUAGUCAUGGAGAUGGGAAAUGGAGGGUGUUGAGCAAAGUGUGGGUUGAGUUGCUAUCUUACGCAGCAAGUCACUGUAAAGCUACAGAGCAGGUGGCGCAACUUAGCAGAGGUGGAGAGCUUCUUAACUUUGUUUGGUUGUUGAUGGCUCACUUCGGUUUAGCUGAUCAGUUUCAGAUCAAUAAAGGAGAUGCUAGAGCUAAACUCGUUGUAGGCGAGUGAUUGCUUCUUUUUUCUAAAUAAAGGAUAUGUGUGUGUGUGUUUGUUUGUAGUCUCGUUUGCUCUAUUUCAAAUUUAAAGCAAUGUUCUUUGA